UUUGAUCCUACCUGUCGUAAAGUUUCCUUCCGCGUUGAGCACAGUGCGAGUGUAACACAAAGAGGGGAGGCGAAGAGUGUCAAUACAACAGACAUGGACGCUGAGACCACCACCCACACUGAGCCCAUGGUGGACGAAGAGGAGCCUCUUUUCAGCAACCUGGACCUCUUCCUCUUCUCCCUGAUUGUAGGCCUUGUCAUUUACUGGUUCAUGUCACGCAAGAAGCCUGAGCCCAUCCCUGAAUUCAAGAAGCUCGACACACCAGCGCCCACCACAAGAGAGACAAGUUUCAUUGAGAAAAUGAAGAAAACGGGCAAGAACAUCAUUGUGUUCUACGGCUCCCAGACGGGCACGGGAGAGGAAUUUGCUAACAGACUGUCCAAAGACGCGCAGCGGUAUGGCAUGAAAGGAAUGGCUGCCGAUCCAGAAGAGUAUGACAUGGGGGAGCUAUCACGUCUGUCAGAGAUUACAAACUCCCUCGCCAUAUUUUGCAUGGCCACCUAUGGUGAGGGAGACCCAACAGAUAAUGCCCAGGACUUCUAUGACUGGCUGCAGGAGAACGAUGAUGAAGACCUCUCCGGACUAAACUAUACUGUAUUCGCUUUGGGCAACAAGACAUAUGAACACUACAAUGCAAUGGGAAAAUAUGUUGAUAAAAGGCUGGAAGAACUUGGGGCCAAGCGCAUCUUUGACCUUGGUUUAGGAGAUGAUGAUGGCAACCUGGAAGAGGACUUCGUUUCAUGGAGAGAGCAGUUCUGGCCGGCCGUCUGUGAGCACUUUGGAGUGGAAGCCUUAGGAGAUGAAUCAAGCAUACGACAGUAUGAGCUGAAGGAGCACACGGACAUCAACAUGAACAAAGUCUACACAGGAGAGAUCGGCCGCCUGAAGAGUUUUGAAGUCCAAAAGCCGCCCUUUGAUUCGAAAAACCCUUUCCUGGCCCCGGUCACUGUCAACCGCAAACUCAAUAAGGCUGGUGAUAGACAUCUCAUGCACCUGGAGCUAGACAUAACAGGCUCCAAGAUCAGAUAUGAGUCAGGCGACCACGUUGCUGUUUUCCCCACAAAUGACUCUGCGUUGGUGAACAAGCUGGGACAAAUCCUUGGAGUGGACCUUGAUGUGGUUAUCUCUCUCAACAACCUUGAUGAGGAGUCCAACAAGAAACACCCUUUCCCCUGCCCCACCACCUACCGUACAGCCCUCACUCACUACCUGGACAUCACACACCCUCCUCGCACCAACGUCCUCUACGAGCUGGCACAGUAUGCCUCUGACCCCAAACACCAGGAGAAUAUGCGCAAGAUGGCCUCUUCCUCACCUGAGGGCAAGGCACUCUACCAGAAUUGGGUGCUGGAUGCCAGUAGAAACAUCCUCGCCAUCUUGGAAGACAUGCCGUCUUUGAGGCCUCCCAUUGAUCACCUGUGUGAGCUGCUGCCUCGUCUCCAGGCUCGCUAUUAUUCCAUCGCCUCAUCCUCUAAGGUUCACCCCAACAGCAUCCACAUCUGUGCUGUAGUGGUGGAGUACAAAACCAAGACUGGCCGCAUUAACAAGGGUGUUGCCACCAACUGGCUGAUGAACAAACUGGUCACUGACAACGGCCACAAGUCCACCGUUCCCAUGUACAUCCGCAAGUCUCAGUUCCGCCUGCCCUUCAAAGCCACCAACCCAGUGAUCAUGAUCGGCCCUGGGACAGGAAUCGCUCCCUUCAUGGGCUUCAUUCAAGAGAGGGGCUGGCUCAAACAGCAAGGAAAGGAGGUCGGAGAGACAGCAAUGUAUUUUGGCUGCAGACAUAAGAAUGAGGAUUACAUCUACCAGGAGGAGCUGGAGGAGGCAGAGAAGAAUGAGGUUCUAACACAGCUUCAUGUUGCCUUCUCCAGAGAUCAGGAGCACAAGGUGUAUGUGCAGCAUAUGCUGAAGAAAAAUAAGGAGAACCUAUGGAAGCUGAUUCACUCAGACAAUGCUCAUAUCUACGUCUGUGGGGAUGCAAGGAACAUGGCUAAAGAUGUGCAGACAGCUUUCCACGAGAUUGCAGAAGAGCUGGGAGCCAUGACGCGCAGCCAGGCCACAGAUUACAUCAAGAAACUGAUGACCAAGGGACGCUACUCACAAGAUGUCUGGAGUUAAAGAGUCUCAGACUCGGCCUCAGUCUCACUACUCACGUGGUGCUUUCACGUUUUCUAUUUUUACUGUAUGUCUUGUUUUAUCAGGACUGAAUAUAAAAUCAUGAAACACCUGCUCAUCACCCUGGUUCAUGAGCACUACAGGUAGCAGAACAUCAUGAGGCAAACCCUACCUCAGCAGGUUUUGUUAAUAAACCCAUUGAGUAAUUUCCUAUGUAAACUGUGUUAACAACCUGUGUCUGCUGGGGUCCUCAUUUGAGUCGUGGUCUCAGACCAACCAAACAGUUGUCUGGUUUCCAGAGACUGUAGAAAUUAUAUAAAUGAAUGAAUUUGUGUAAUUGGGUGACUGCAACUUGAAAUUCAUCAACCAAUCAUGGCGCUCAGUUAGAAAAUACAACACACUCAUCUUCAUUUCAGAUUUGAUUUUGUUCGGAUUAUAUCAAUGAGUGAGUCAGUGUGGCUGUGCAGAUUUAUCAGCUGAUGACGGCUCAGAGUUGAAAACCCAUCUGUUUGUGGGACAGGGACUCACUACACCCAGCCUCUGAAUGUACAGAAUUAUAUUUCCACUGUGAAUAUGAAGAUUUCAAUUCAGAAUAUACAAGGCUCAUUCAGUUUGUACACCUUGAGAUGUUUGUAACUUUCAUCUAAUUGAUUAACGGUUUGUAGUCACACCACAGCAGGUUAUAUUGCAUCAUAUGUGAAGGGAAUCUAACCAGUGCUAUGUGUUCUGUUGCAGUGUGAACACUCAGAGAAGCUUUAGACAUGAAAGGAGCUGAUCUAGAGGUAAAUGUUUGGUGUGACAAACUGGCAUCAUAGGUACAGUUAUGUUAACCUUUGUAUUUUGACAAAGGAUUUUGCCUCUUACGUGAAAGUUUUUGUUCAUUUUAAUCAGUAACUGUGGCUUUUUGAGAGGCACAAAAGGUGAUGCAAAAGGUAAGAGAACUUAUGGAAAAUAUGAGGUUAUGUGCAUUUAUAUUUCCUGUAAAAAAACUGUUUUUAAACACGAGAAUGAAUCUGUAUCCUAUAUUGGUAAAAUGUUAAAACACUUGAAAUUCUGGCUUUGAAACCAGAUCUGUGGGAAGUGGUGGUUGUGUAUUUUAUAUGCAUCUGACAGCAUAAUGAAAUUAUUUGUCAUGUGGCAGUAACUUGGACAUAUGACCUGUCUGUGGUUAUCUGUAAUUUUUUUUUUCCAAUUACGUAUGCACCACAACAUGGUCAGACUUAGAAAACAUUUUGUGUAUCUCCCAGUGCCCAUCAGUCAGUGCUCAUUGCAGCACUUUGGUGUGACUAUGGGGAGUUUAAGGCAGUCAGCCAACCAGUUGAAGUGCAGCCUGUGCCUUUUUAACACUGCCUUAUCUGUUAAGUUAGCAUUAAAAACCCUGAUGCUUCA